AUGUUGGCAGUUGUUACUGAAUUUCUUCAGUCGGGCUCCAUAGUUCCCGAUAUUAACAACACAUUUAUAGCUCUUAUCCCUAAAAUGAAGAAUGCUUUGAAGCUCACUGACUUUAGAUUGAUAAGCUUAUGCAACGUCCUCUACAAAAUUAUUGCAAAGCUUUUGUCUAAUCGAUUGAAGUUGUGGAUCUCCCAAUAUAUCCGGACUAUUUCUUACUUGGUUCUCGUGAAUAGCGUCCCUAGUGAUCCAGUUAUUCCCUCUCGUGGCUUGCGUCCGGACGAAAACCGAUUACUACAGGACCCACUAUCACCACUCUUGUUUGUUAUUUGUAUUGAAGCUUUGAGCAAUAGGUUUCACCAGCUUGAGGUGUCGGGGAAUAUGGAGGACAUUCCAUUUGGUGGUGGCAAUAUCAGGGAUUCCCAUUUAUUCUUUGCGGAUGAUUGUCUUCUCUUUUAUCGGGCUACUUUAGAGGCUUGGGAGUAUGUGCGAUCUGUUUUGACAAAGUACGAGGAGAUUUUAGGGCAGAAACUUAAUGUUGAAAAAAUGUCUUUUUUCUUUAGUAAGCACACUUCUGAUGGAGUGAAAGAUCUGCUGAAGGCAACUAUAGGUGUGCAAGAAAUCAAAGCGUAUGAAAAAUAUCUUAGGCUGCGUAUAGUGAUUGGUAGAUCUAAGACUGAGUCUUUGCUUUUUAUGGUGGAUAUGGUGAGAGAUAGGACUCAAAAUUGGAAGAACCGUUUCCUCUCUUAUGCGGGAAGGGAAGCUCUUAUCAAGUCGAUUCUCCAAGCAAUUCCAACUUAUAGUAUGUAA